GGCUUACCUUUGCCCUCUUUCUUGUUAGUGAAUAGUGACCGACCAAACUAGACCACGUUUUGAUCUUCCUACCCUCUCUUUUCUCUUUAUCUGUUCUCCAAUGAAGCGUCUGCAUUUGUUGUUGUUGUUAUCGGUGUUUUUAUGUCUUAUAAAAUGGGCUCUGGGGAGCGGUUCGGGAUCGGAGCUGACUCAGUUGACCCGGGAGUUGUUGGUUUCGGCCAGGGAACCGGAAUUCUCGGAUUGGUUGAAAAGUGUUCGACGGAGAAUCCACGAGAACCCGGAGUUGGCCUUUGAAGAGCACGACACGAGUCGACUUAUUAGAUCGGAGCUGGAGUCGUUUGGGAUCAAGUACGAGUGGCCGGUCGCCGAGACUGGGAUCGUGGGUUCUAUUGGGCCCGGGGUGCAGCCCUGGUUCGCUCUUCGGGCAGACAUGGAUGCUCUCCCUAUCCAGGAAUUGGUAGAGUGGGAGCACAAGAGCAAGAACCCAGGAAAAAUGCAUGCUUGCGGCCAUGAUGCUCAUGUGACAAUGCUGCUUGGAGCCGCUAAGUUACUUCAGCAGAGAAGGACUCAAUUAAAGGGCACUGUUAAGCUUGUUUUCCAACCUGGAGAAGAAGGUCGUGCAGGAGCUUUUCACAUGUUAAAAGAGGGAGCGCUUGAUGAGAUUCAAGCCAUUUUUGGAUUACAUGUUGCACCAGCAUUACCCACUGGUGCAAUUGGUUCGAGACCUGGUCAAUUUCUUGCUGGCUCUGGCAGGUUUUUAGCCACAAUCCGAGGGAAGGGUGGGCAUGCAGCUAAUCCCCACAAAACUAGAGAUCCAGUUCUCGCAGCAUCAUCAGCUAUUGUCUCACUCCAACAUAUUGUUUCCCGGGAAACGGAUCCUCUGGAGGCAAGGGUGGUCUCUAUUGGGUUCGUUGAGGGUGGCCGGGCAGAAAAUGUAAUCCCUGAGACAGUGAGAUUUGGAGGCACUUUCCGGAGCAUGAGUUCAGAAGGUUUACUCUACCUUAUGCAAAGAAUUAAAGAGGUGAUCGAGAUGCAAGCAGCAGUGCAUGGAUGCAAUGGCACAGUGGACUUCAUGAAAGAUAAAUUGAGGCCUUAUCCGGCGACUAUCAACGAUGAAGCUCUGUACAAGCAUGCAAAAAAGAUCGGAGAACAUUUGCUUGGGGAACCCAAUUUCCAUCUUCUUUCAAUGUCUAUGGGAGCUGAGGACUUCAGCUUCUACUCACAGAAGAUGCCUUCUUCAUUUUUCAUGAUUGGGACCAAGAAUGAAACUCUAAAACCAGGUGGACAGUUGCACUCACCAUACUUGGUUCUUGAUGAGGAGGUUCUUCCCAUUGGAGCAGCUCUCCAUGCUGCCGUAGCAAUUUCUUACUUGGAUGGCCAUCCUGUUUAGACUCCAUAGAUACUUUGGGUGUGUUGCCUCUACGACGAUGGAAAACCACCAAAGGAAAACAUGUAUUCUUCAAUUUGUAUCUGGUUCACCAGAUAAACAAAUACUCGGUGAUACUUUUGAGAUUAUGUCACACGAAGUAUUCUAAAAA